GAAGUGUUUGGGUGGUGCUAAAAGGAGCAAAGUCCAAACAAUAUAUGCGACCAUUUCAAAGCGCCCUUCUCGCUAUUCCCCAUACUCACCCUUCUCUCUCUCGCGGAACCCACCGGGAUGGCGAUGGUCCUUGAGGGCAUUAUCGGUCUCGCUCUCCUUAUGCUGCUCUUCAUCGCCCUCGUCCUCCUCUUCGUCUGUAAGCCAUGGCGCUUCUUCUUCUCUCCUAAUCGCACUCGCACCAUCAAGGUUGGUGAUCUAGAGAGACCUCUUGUUCCAGAGGACUUGGAUCUGGUUCCAAACCAAAGCAAUGAAUUGGGGAGAAGUUAUGAUCUAGGGGGAUCGUGUGUUCAAUCAGAAGGGUAUUUGAACUCGCCACGAACACAUGGGCUUGUGCAUAAACCGAGGAUUCCCCCUGCACCUCCACAUUUGGUCCAAGAUGGUAGCUUGAUCCUAGAUCUAAUUUCUGAUGCUUCAGAAGAUGUUUUGGUUGGUCAGACGCUCAAGCGUCCAUUUAUGUUAAACCACUCAAUUGAAGAGCAAAGCCAUAUUGGAAAGGAAGAGCUAAGUUAUGACUUGAAAUUUGAUUCAGAGAAUGAUAGAUUUCAAGCGUUUGUUAGGCAAGAUAUUGUUGAUCAAAGAAGCAGCCUCACUUUGGAGGUUAUCUCUGGUCCUUCUCGAGGGGAUCAGUGUUCUAUAUCAUCAACAAAUACUUCUAGACUUCCACUGACCCUUGGAAGGGUUUCUCCAAGUGAUUUAUUGGUGAAAGAUUCAGAGGUCUCAGGGAAGCAUGCUCUGAUAAACUGGAAUUUAAAUAAAUUGAAGUGGGAACUGGUGGACAUGGGUAGCCUUAAUGGAACACUCUUGAAUUCCCAAUCUGUCAACCAUCCUGAUUCUGGAAUGAGGCAUUGGGGUGAUCCAGUUGAGCUUGCAAGUGGAGACAUAAUAACUCUUGGGACAACCUCAAAAAUACGUGUUCAAAUUGCAUCUGAAACCAAAUGUCAGGUCCCUUUUGGACUUGGUAUAGCAUCAGAUCCCAUGGCUUUGCGUCGCGGAGGAAAGAAGCUUCCUAUGGAAGAUGUGUGCUAUUACCAUUGGCCACUUCCUGGGACUGAUCAGUUUGGACUGUUUGGCAUCUGUGAUGGACAUGGUGGAGCAGCAGCUGCAAAAUCUGCCAGCAAAAUUCUGCCCGAGAUGGUUGCUUCGAUAUUGUCAGAUUCAUUGAAGAGGGAGAAGGUUUUAUCACGACAGGAUGCUUCAGAAGUCCUUAGGGAUGCAGUUUCAAGGACAGAAGCAUUUAUGAAUCACCAUUAUGAGGGUUGUACUGCUACGGUGCUUUUGGUUUGGGCUGAUGGUCAUGAAAAUUUCUAUGCGCAAUGUGCAAACGUUGGAGAUUCAGCUUGUGUUAUGAAUGUUGAUGGGAAGCAGAUUAAGAUGACGGAAGACCAUAGAGUAACUAGUUAUUCUGAAAGACAACGCAUAAAAGAAAUAGGAGAACCGUUAAAAGAUGGGGAAACACGCCUAUGUGGUCUAAACCUUGCUCGGAUGCUUGGAGACAAAUAUAUGAAAGAGCAAGAUUCCCGCUUCAGUUCAGAGCCUUACAUAAGUCAGGUUGUGCAUAUAAAUCAAGGAAGCAGGGCCUUUGCACUACUGGCAAGUGAUGGCUUUUGGGAUGUUAUUAGCCCCAAGAAGGCAAUGCAGCUAGUGUUUCAGAUGAAGGAGAGAUGCUCUCCGGAUAGGGAGAACUCGGCGGAGAAGGUUGCAAAUUUUCUGUUGAGUGAGGCUAGAACACUGCGAACAAAGGAUAACACCUCUAUAAUUUUCUUAGAUUUUGAUACUAACUCUAGAAAAUCUUCUUGUAAACUUGAUCCUUGAAAUGUACCAGAGGCGUGUAGUGUUACAGCAGUUAUUAAUUUAAUUAUAAUUUUUAUUUUAUUU